AUGAGCUCCCUCCUCAACUCCCGCUGGGCCCCGGGCAACAGCGCCAGCACCAGCAACCCCUACGACCGAUAUGACACCAGCAACGGCACCAACCAGCCACGAUGGCCCUCCAAACAACCACGCACCCACAGCACCCCCGCACGAAAUACAUCCUCAGCACAAGGGCCACGCCCAUCAUACUCGUACUCACAGCAACACUCACAAACCACCCUCCUCCCCCCAGCAGAAGAACUAGCCCGCUUCAUGAAAAUAGUCUCCCGAUUACGCUGGAAACUCCCCUUCCUAGCCGAGGCCUACCGCCUGGCAACUACAACGCCAAACCCGGGCGCCGACAUUGGCAAUGGCACCGGCACCGGCAGCAGCGGUAAUGGCAACCCAGAAGCAGAAAUAAUGUUCAAAAUCGACUUCUUCGAAUACUACGCCCUCCUCGAACGCGCAAUCGUGCAUCUCCUCGCCGUCUUCAACAUAACAGUCUCCUCCUCUUCAGCACCCUCAACCCGCGGACGUCCCACCACCAACAGCGCAUCCCUCCACAGAUACCACGCCAACGUCCUAACCGCCCUAACAGAAGAAACCACGCCCCUCACCCCCGUCCUAGGCAGCGGCCACAUCCACUCACAACUCCGCCAAGCCAAAGAACUCCGCAACAGGUGGAAAACGGCGGAUAUGACGCGGGACGAGGUGGCGCGGGACGUGGUGGGUGAUCGGGACGUUGUGCGGCCGUUGGAGAGUUAUGAUUUGGAGGGGAUUUUGGGGGCGAUCUUUGUGGGGUUGGAGGAGGGGUUUGUGAGGGCGAGGGAGCAUGUUGCGCUUUGUAGGAGGGAUGGGGAUGGUGAGGGAGGAGGGGGAGGGAGGGGGGGAGGAGGGGUGGGAGUUUAUGGUUGA